AUGUCCACACCGCCAGGGCCUUCAGGAGGAGCUGGCAAGCUCAAUGGUAUUGGGAAAGCCGUUUCUCAAAUGGAUCUUGAUGGUCAUGAUCUGCCACCCUCGCCAGCACCUUCUAGCCCUCGAAACGGCCGAAAAUAUGCUCUGGCCACAGAAUUGGUGUACACCGAGAGCAAGGACCAGUAUGGAGCAUCGAGCAUGCCCAUCUACCAGUCUGCCACUUUCAAGCAAACAUCUGCGAAUGGAGGAAACGAGUACGACUACACAAGAUCGGGAAAUCCUACCCGAACACAUUUGGAGCGACAUCUGGCGAAGAUCAUGAAUGCCACGAGAGCACUGGUAGUUGGGUCUGGAAUGGGAGCGCUGGAUGUUAUCACAAGAAUCUUACGACCUGGAGACGAAGUCAUAACUGGCGACGAUUUGUAUGGCGGAACAAACAGACUGUUGACAUACAUGUCACAGAACCACGGCAUCAUCGUUCGCCAUGUUGAUACCACCAAUCCCGAAACGGUCAGAGGAGUUGUAUCGCCAAAGACAGCUAUGGUACUGCUGGAGACACCCACCAACCCCCUCAUCAAAAUUGUCGAUAUCCCAUCGAUCGCGAAGAUCGUUCAUGAUUCAAACGAGAAGGCUUUGGUUGUGGUUGACAACACUAUGCUGUCACCCAUGCUCUGCAACCCUCUUGAACUUGGUGCCGAUAUUGUUUACGAGUCAGGGACAAAAUAUCUGUCAGGACAUCACGAUAUCAUGGCCGGUGUUCUAGCAUUCAACGACCCAGCGAUUGGAGACAAGAUGUAUUUCACAAUAAACUCAACAGGCUGCGGAUUGGCACCAAACGACGCUUUCCUGCUCAUGAGAGGUAUCAAGACUCUUGCUAUCCGCAUGGAGAAGCAACAAGCAAAUGCUCAAAGAAUCGCCGAGUUCCUCGAGUCGCAUGGGUUCCGCGUUCGCUACCCAGGUCUUAAAUCCCAUCCGCAAUACGACCUACACUGGUCCAUGGCGAGAGGAGCAGGAGCUGUACUGUCAUUCGAGACUGGGGAUGUAGGCUUGUCUGAGCGUAUCGUUGAAGCUGCUCGAUUAUGGGGAAUCAGUGUCAGUUUUGGUUGUGUCAACAGUUUGAUCAGCAUGCCAUGCCAGAUGAGUCACGCGAGCAUUGACGCGAAAGUGAGAAAGGAGCGACAAAUGCCGGAAGAUAUCAUUAGACUGUGUGUUGGUAUCGAGGAUGCAGACGAUUUAAUUGACGACUUGAGUCGAGCUUUGGUACAAGCUGGAGCCGUCACCGUAACAUUAGAUGGCUUUCAUGCCACCGGCCCUGCUAGAGCGUUGGCAGACAUCCCAAUAGAGGAGUCCGAUGCAAAUGGUGCACCAUAG